UAAUUUUGGAGAGCGUUUGGAGGAAGAUAAUUGUUUACUGGCUACAGCGCUGUGUUGGAAAGCAGGAGGUGCCGCUGCUGAAAGAAAGAAUCAUGCAAAGACGCGGAUGGACGAAGUGGAAGAUUGGGCUUGGAAAUCGAUUAAGAAAAUCAAAUAUUGCUUUUAAAGCAUAGCAUUUGGUUAGACGACAGAGGGUUUUACCACGGACACAGAAACCAAAAGAAAAGGGGAUUCAGCAAGAGGAAAGUGACCAGGCGCUCAAUGUUUAUGGAGAGACCAACGCAUCUCUGGCAAAUGUAAUGGAAACAAUAUCUCCGCUUCAGUUUCCCUAUGAAAUGUAUCAAGGGAAGCAAAUAACUGACUCUCAGGGCUAAUUUGUAUCAAGCAGUGGUUGAGUUUGAAAGUGGAUGCACUCAAAGCACUGUGCCCUGUCAUGCACAACACCAUGUUAAAGCAACAAACCUGGAAUAACACUGAGCAUUCAGUCCAGCCAAUGAGAAAGCCAUGGAAAAAGUUUGUGGGAAAUGUACAGUAUAAGCCUCAAUUGUGACUCUUUUUUGCCCCAUAUAUUAAGCGACGUCCCAAAAACUGCUUUUCUUGCCCACAGCCAAUCUGUGUUUUCUCAGAAGGGAGCCUCAGUUGAACUCUGGCUUUAUCACAACACUAAGGACAGCUGCAAUCAACUUGGAAAGGCACAUGUGGAGCCAACAAAAUGGAUAUUCAAAUUUACAGCAGGCCCACUCUGGGUUGAAAAUGUGAGGGCAAGGAAAGCCCUAUGAGGAAUAGCCGGAAUAGCAAUAUCUCAAAAUGGCCCAAACCAGUUUGCUGCAGGGGAAGCGUUUUUACUGCAGGGAGUGGGUCUUCCACAAGAUCCAGCACUGCAUCCGGGAAAAAACUAAUGGCCUGAGUGGUGUGACCACCACUCCCAGCAAGCAGUCCUCUGCCCCCGGUACUGGCGCAUCCAACCCCACCGGCAGUUCCACAGCAGGCUCUGCGAAGGCCACCUCCUGGGGGGUGUUGCUGGUGGGGGGGCCUGGGAGUGGGAAGACGGCCCUGUGCACGGAGCUCCUGUGGCCCACCUCAGUCCAGGGCACUCAUCGGGGGCUGCAGCAGCAGAGUCUGGCCUUCCAUUUCUGCCGUGCGGACGACUCGGACACACUCUGCCUGGGCGGCUUCAUCCGAGGCCUGGUGGCCCAGAUCUGCCGGAGCGGCCUGGUGCCGGAUUACGAGGAGAAGGUGCAUGAACCGGCGGUGCAGAGCGCCCUGCAGCCCGGGGAGUGUGAGAGAAACCCCACUGAGGCUUUCAAGAGGUGUGUUCUCCUCCCACUCUUGAGCGCCAAGCCACCUCAGCAGGCCCUCUUCCUCCUGGUAGACUCUAUCGACGAAGGAUGUCAGCUGGGUGAGGGGGAACAGAGCUCUUCAGGUUCAGGCACACCCAGGACCAUUGCUGAGCUCCUGGCCAGCCACCACGAGUUCCUCCCGCCCUGGCUCCUCCUCAUCUGCUCAGCACGCCGACAGAACAAGGCCAUCACCAAACUGUUCACAGGAUUCCGUAAAAUCAGCCUGGAUGACCUUCGCAAAGCCUACAUCGUCAAGGACGUGCAGCAGUACAUCCUCCACAGGCUCGACCAGGAGGAGGCCCUUCGCCAGCACCUUACCAAGGAGACGGCCGAGAUGCUCAACCAGUUGCACAUCAAAAGCAGCGGCUGCUUCCUCUACCUGGAGCGCGUGCUGGAUGGGGUGGUGGAGAACUUCAUCAUGCUGCGAGAGAUCCGCGACAUCCCCGGCACGCUCAAUGGCCUCUACUUGUGGCUCUGCCAAAGGCUGUUUGUCCGGAAGCAGUUUGCCAAAGUCCAGCCCAUCCUCAAUGUGAUCCUCGCAACUUGCAGGCCGCUUACUCUCAAGGAGCUUUACUAUGCUGUCUGGACCAAAAACAUGGCUCUCACCAUGGAGGACUUUCAGAAGAAGAUGGACAUCCUCUCCAAGUUGUUGGUCGAUGGCCUCAGAAGUACUAAGAUCCUCUUUCACUACAGUUUUGCAGAGUGGCUCCUGGAUGUUAAGCAUUGUACCCAAAAGUACUUGUGUAAUGAAGCAGAGGGACAUAGAAUGAUGGCAAUGAGUUACACUUGCAGGGCCAAGCAGCUCAAACCACUGGAGGUGCAGGAGUUUGCCCUGCAUCUGAUCAAAUCCAACCUGCAGAUAGAGCCUUUCAACCUGGCUCUUUGGAUGGUGUGGAAUGGCACACCCACUAAAGACUCUCUUUCCACCUCUAUACCUAAAGAGCAGGAGGUACUGCAGCUUCUGGUCAAAGCUGGAGCUCACGUCAACAACGAGGACGACCAUGCCUCUUGCAUAGUGCAGCAGGCACUGGAGAGAGAGGAUUCGAUUCGGACAUUGCUAGACAAUGGGGCCUCUGUGAACCAAUGUGACUCUAGUGGGAGAACUUUGCUGGCCAAUGCUGCGUACAGUGGAAACCUGGACGUGGUGAACUUUCUCAUAUCCAGAAGAGCCAACAUGGAGCUGGAGGACAACCAUGGACAAACUGCAGUUACUCUUGCUGCAAGACAAGGGCACACGAAGGUGGUCAACUGCCUCAUUGGCUGUGAGGCAAACAUCAAUCACACAGACCAUGAUGGGUGGACCGCCCUUAGGUCUGCAGCCUGGGGAGGGCAUUCGGAGGUGGUGUCUGCUCUCCUCUACGCUGGUGCCAAAGUUGACUGUGCUGAUGCCGACAGCAGAACUGCCUUGAGAGCCGCAGCUUGGGGAGGCCAUGAAGACAUCGUGCUGAACCUCCUCCAACACGGGGCAGAAGUCAACAAAGCAGACAAUGAAGGAAGGACAGCUCUCAUUGCAGCGGCAUACAUGGGGCACAGAGAAAUUGUAGAGCACCUCUUGGAACAUGGGGCAGAGGUGAACCAUGAAGAUGUGGACGGAAGGACAGCCCUCUCAGUUGCAGCUCUCUGUGUGCCUGCCAGUAAAGGCCAUGCCUCUGUCGUAAGCCUCCUCAUUGACAGGGGUGCAGAGGUCGACCACUGCGACAAAGACUGCAUGACACCCCUCCUCGUGGCUGCCUAUGAAGGACAUGUGGACGUAGUUGAUCUGCUGCUGGAAGGUGGAGCUGAUGUGGAUCACACUGACAACAAUGGCCGAACGCCUCUUCUUGCAGCAGCAUCCAUGGGCCAUGCCUCCGUUGUCAAUACCCUGCUUUUCUGGGGUGCAGCUGUAGACAGCAUUGACAGUGAAGGAAGAACUGUUCUGAGCAUAGCAUCUGCUCAAGGGAACGUAGAGGUGGUCCGAACUCUGCUGGACAGAGGGCUGGAUGAAAAUCACAGAGAUGACUCAGGCUGGACCCCACUGCACAUGGCCUCAUUCGAGGGUCACCGGCAAGUAUGCGAUGCCCUCAUUGAGCAAGGUGCCCGAUGCACAGAGGUGGAUAACGAUGGUCGAAUACCCCUGAUAUUGUCUGCGCAAGAGGGCCACUAUGACUGUGUCCACAUUCUUCUGGAAAACAAGUCUUGCAUCGACCAGAGAGGUUACGAUGGGAGGAAUUCUCUCAGGGUGGCUGCACUGGAAGGCCACAGGGAUAUUGUUGAACUGUUGCUGAGUCAUGGUGCUGAUAUAGAUUAUAAAGACGCAGACGGACGCCCAACAUUAUACAUAUUGGCACUUGAGAAUCAGCUAGCAAUGGCAGAGUACUUCCUGGAAAAUGUGGCAAAUGUGGAAGUCAGCGACACAGAGGGAAGGACAGCCCUCCACGUGUCCUGCUGGCAAGGGCAUGUAGAAAUGGUCAGGAUGCUGAUCAACUAUCAUGCCGACGUGAACUCUUGUGACAACGAGAAGCGAUCCGCCCUCCAGUCAGCAGCUUGGCAAGGCCACGCAAAGGUUGUGCAGUUCUUGAUUGACAAUGGCACUCACGUGGAUCAUACAUGUAAUCAGGGGGCAACAGCGCUUGGCAUUGCUGCCCAAGAGGGGCACAGAGAUGUAGUGCAGAUCCUUCUAGAGCAUGGCGCUGACCCCAACCACGCAGACCAGUUUGGACGCACAGCCAUGCGAGUGGCUGCAAAAGGGGGGCAUUCAAUGAUAAUUAAACUUCUUGAGAAGUAUGGGGCCUCAAGUCUUAAUGGCUGUAGUCCUUCACCAGUACACACAAUGGAACAGAAAACCCCACUCUCUGUAUCUGGGAAAAUGCAGUCCCUCACAAUCAAAUCCAACAGCUCUGGCAGCACGGGAGCUGGAGAUAUGCAGUCAUCUGGACGUGGUUUACAGAACGGUCCUCUCCACGCCUUCAGCUCCCCUUCGGAAUCUCCUGACUCUACCGUGGACAGACAGAAGUCGUCUCUCUCAAAUAAUUCCCUCAAAAGUUCUAAGAACUCCUCACUGAGAACCACCUCGUCCACAGCGACUGCACAGACUGUGCCGAUAGAUAGUUUCCACGGAAUGACCUUCACAGAGCAAAUCCAGCAACACUCUCUUCCUCGCAGUCGUAGCCGACAAUCCAUCGUGUCACCUUCCUCCACCACCAAGUCCAUUGGACAUCAGCCGGGGUCUCCAUCAAGUGAAUUUGACUGGGCUCAGGUUAAGCCAGGUCUCAAGUCGACCAAAGGGACUAAGACCAGAAAUGACACAUCCAACAGCAAAGGGGGGUCCGGAGACAAGAAAAGGCUCAAGAGCAUUGGCUUAACCCAGAGUCAGGUGUUAGAAUAUGAGAUGACCCAGUUUGAUAAGAGGAUUGCGCUCAACAAGCCUGUAGCGAACAUUGCGGUGAAGGAUCCUCAUUGUAAGAUUAUGGUUGGUGGCUCCACCCAGCCAGAAGGGGGGCUGACCCAAGAGCAGUUAUUCAUCCAACAGCAGAGCAUUGCAGAGAAGAAGCGAAAUGGCAUUAUGACCAACCCCAACUACCAUCUUCAGGGCAAUCAGGUUUUCCUCGGGAGGGUUUCUGUCCAUAGGACUGUACAGAAUAGAGGACACCAGGAUGUGCUGGAGAACUACCCUAUAGGGGAGACUGAAUUGAGCCUUAAACAAGUCCUGAAACUGCAGAUAGAAGGAUCUGACCCUGGGUUUAAUUACAAAAAGGAGACACCGUUAUAGCUGAUGUCUUGAAUGCCAUUCGUCAUGCAGACAUCGGAGGGAAUGUGCCAAAGCAACUAUUUUCAUCUGAAAACCUAGGGAAGAAUGUUGAUCGCUGCACAAGGCUUACAUGAACUGAUACUUCAAUGUGCCUAUAUCUGUUACAGCCUUGUCAAUGUAAUCAUGCACACUAUCAUUUAAUUUAAUGUAUUGAUAUUUAAUAUGCAGUGUAUGCACUUUUUAAAAAGAGAAAAUGACAAACAUGCAUUUGUUCAGCCUCCCCUUUAUGCUCUGUGUUUCAAACUAAUUGUUCAAAAUAAUCAUAUAUUGUUUUUGUGUUUGUUUUAUAUAUGUGUUGUUUUGUCUUGCAAUCAUACACACCAACAGCAAUUUACAGCUGAGUACAUUGUCACAUCUGAUCAGAGGACAUCAAGAUAAAUCGAUGACAUGGGAUAAUGUUACGCGCAUUGAUACUCUGUCUUUCUGAAGACCCCAAAUAAUCGGUGUUAACCUUGUUCAAUGUGCUAAACAUACACUAUACUAUAUAUACAAAAGUAUGUGGACACCCCUUCAAAUGAGUGGAUUUGCCUAUUUCAGCCACACCG